GUUUCAGAGUCGCUUCCCAUUCACUCGGCGACCUCCGAGACCGGGCCAACGACCACAGCCUCGAAUCCUGCUAUCGUCCCGUGAUCGUCCCUCGCCUAGGAUUCGUAAACCUCAGUUACGGCAACCCAACUUGAGUACAACGAGUCACAGGACAGUCAUCAAGCGAAGACCGACUACGACAACUAGCACUACCACGACGACUACAACUACUACCACACCUACCACAACCACUACUACUCCUACCACAACAGAUACCACUACUAUACCUACAACUACCACUACUACACCAAUCACCACCACUACUACUCCUACCACUACGACAACUACUCUUACUACGACUACUCCUACUACUACGACUACUACUCCCACCACUACAACUACUACAACAACGCCCAAACCAACAACUACCACUUCUACCACGACAAGUACCACUACCACUACAACACCCACGACUACCACUACAACCACACCUACUACCACGACUACAACACCGAAAACUACGACCACAGAGAAAACCACCACAACAACCACGACACCAAAGCCGACAACUACUACUGCUACGACCACGACAUCGAAAAUGACGACAAAUGUGGUGGAGGUGAUCAAAAUGAGCAAGACGGAACUGCUGCUCGACGAGUUGAAAAAUAGACUGCGUGCUAUGGGGCACGACGAGCCUGAGCAUCCACUAAAGGGCUUGGAGGACUUUUUCAUGGGGAGAAGAACUAGAAAUAGACUUAUCACAAAGACAAGGACGACGACUACUACGACAACUUCACCUACUACGACAACCACAACUCCUACAACUACCACUACUACUGCAACUACUACACCAAAGCCUACGACUACGACGAUGACCACAACAACGACUAGAUUGCCAGAUUUGCUUGUGACAACUACUACAAGAAAGCCUAUGACUAAGACAAUGUUUAGAUUGCCAGAUUUGUUUGUGACAACUGCUACACCAAAGCCUACAACUACGGCAAUGACCACAACAACGACACGAUUGCCAAAUUUGUUCGUGGAUAACAAACUUAAGACGAAUUCUAAGCAUAUGAUGACUUCCGGAGAGAUCAGUGCGAGAAAAUCGAUAAAGCUUGCUUCAAAAUCACGAGCUGCUGUGGAAGUGAAACCAAAACUGAAGGAGGAAAAACCAAAUAGGGAAGUUGAAGGGAAUAUAAUCGUAGCCUUUCCACGUGAGGACGAGAAGAGACAAUUGUUGACACAAGAUGAUCCGGUCCAUAGGAAUGUACUCAACGGAGUUAAUGAAGAUAAUGAAAUAGCUGAAGAAAGCCCUAACAGCAACAAGAUGCGAAUGUCACUUUCAACCGAAAAAGAAACGAUUGAGAUUCUGAAAAAGAAACUUGAGCAACUGGAAAAGCGACUCAGCCAGAGGUUCGAAGGAACAGGCGCAGUUGCUAAGAAAUCUGAGAAGAAUGACGAUUUAUUGGCCAGUGACGUCGAUGUAGCUAACAUACGAAGCCAGUCACGGCUCGAUUCCCGACGUCGCAACUCAGAAGGAAAUGUAAUCGUAGCCUUUCCACCUGAGGACGAGAAGAGACAGUCGUUGAUACAAGAUGAUCCGAUCCAUAGGAAUGCAUUCAACAGAGCCAAAGACCUCGAUUUGGGAGAAAAUGUCAUGUUAAGAAGUAUUGGUGACAUGGAGAAAGUUUUGGACGCAGUAGCUGUACCUUCAAAUGAAGUACUAUCCAUGCUGAAAAUACUUGAAAAGAAAGGCGAUGAUUUGGAAGGAUCUGGAGCCGAAACAACUGAGGAAGUGUCCGUCACAACGCCUUCUACAACUGGUACUUCCACAGUGCCUUCUACAACUGGUACUUCCACGCCUUCUACAACUGAUACUUCCACAAUGCCUUCUACAACU